AUGGAUUGCAGUGAAUUCAGGCAAGCGAAAGGACUCAUGCUCUGCCCCAAAAUCGCUAAACCAGUCUGCAGAACAGAUGACAACACUUAUGUCAGUAAAUGUGAUCUUUGUCGUCAAAACCUGUAAGUGGAUACUGAACAUCUCCCCCCAGGCAACGGAUAAUGACUAUGAUUCUUUAUAAUGAAAUCUCAUUAUAUUUUUUAUAUUUGGCCCUUUUCCACUCCCACCUUCUUUCCAAGCUUACACAGUGGCUUCCAUGAGACCAAUCCCAUUGUAUUCUCACAAUCCAAUGAUUGGUUAUCAAGAGAAUGAUAAAUGAUGAUUGGCGCAAUGCAAUCCAAUAACCACCAACGCUAAUUAGGGAUGUGAAACCAGGCCUACAUGCUGUGGAUAAAGUGAAACUGGCUCCUUAGCAGAAUCAUAGGAGUCCCAAUAACUUUGUGUAGCAGGAGGACAAAGGAUCUGUAACAGAUGAAGGAGCUCAAGGAUACAAAUUAUAGAACCAGCUCAGUCAAGCUUUGCCUGUAGCAGUUCUGAAGAACUAAGCUUUGCCUGUGGCGGCUCUGAAGAGCUAAACAUAGUUUGUUUUAGUAAUGUGAACUACAGGAAAGAAUUUGUCAACUUUUCUCUCUUUCUUACCCAGGGAAUCCAACAAGAAUGUGGCUGUGAAGUAUGAACGUCAAUGUAUUCAGAUUCAGGUAAACAGCAUGAUCGUGUUAUUAUAGAUAUUGGGAGUGGCAGGUAUCAAUCUCUCUCAUAACAGAAUCAGAAGGAAAAAACCCUACAUUUUUGCAAUUAUGGAAUUUUUUAAUAAGGUAUCAAGAGUGAAAGAAGGCAUAAACUUAGUAUGUUUAGACAGAAUUGGGUAAAGUCUAUUGAAUACUGACAUAACAAAGCACAUGCUUCACAUGAACCAAAAUACUUAUUUGAGAUAAUAUAAUGCUUAUGAAAUUAUGGCUGUUGUAUUUCCUAUUUCUUCAUUUUCUUGGUUUUUGUUUCUUUGUUGCAAAUAUGCAUGACUCUACAAAAUUGAAUACAAAUUGCACUUUAAAAAAGAAGUUAUGUUGAGCUGGUGAGCAAAUGUAAAAGUUUGGCGGGUACAUCACUAUUUCUUUUGUAAAGUGGAACUUAGUUUUAUUUAACAGGGUGACAGAUUUAGAAUGCCACUCUUUUUGCAGGACUAUUGCAAGGACUUUGGCUCAGAUAAAACAUACUGCACCCUGGAAUAUAUGCCUCACUGUGGUUCUGAUGGAAAGGUCUAUGGCAACCAGUGUAAUUUCUGCUUUAAUGUCCGGUACGUAUAGAAAUAAUUAUUUCUUUUUAUAAAACAAAUUAAAGUGAUGAUAACAUGAUAGAAGAGAAAGAUAUAUUCAAAACCUCCAAACUCUUCCGUAUCUACUUACGAUGACACUGGGAAAGUUUUGGUAGGAUGAGAAGUAGUCACCAUACAUAUAUCCUUACUGUGUUUUUAUAUUUUGUUGGAAGCUGCCCAGAGUGGCUGGAGCAACCCACUCAGAUGUGUGAGGUAACGACGACAACAACAGUGAUUCUCCAGAGCUGGGAUACAGUCACAUAUUCAAAUUCCUUGAUUCACUUUUGUCAGUUGAAAGGCAUAAAAAUAUGGUCUCAUAAUCAUGCUUCCAUCCAGACCAUGGGUAGGCAAACUCAGGCCCAGGGGCCGGAUCCGGCCCAAUCACCUUCUAAAUCCAGCCCACGGAUGGUCCGGGAAUCAGUGUGGUUUACAUGAGUAGAAUGUGCCCUUCUAUUUAAUAUGCAUCUCUGGGUUAUUUGUGGGGCAUAGGAAUUCGUUCAUUUUUUUCUCCAAAAUAUAGUCCAGCACCCCACAAGGUCUGAGGGCCCCCUGCUGAGAAAGUUUGCUGACCCCUGAUCCAGACUAUACUUUGAAGUUUUUUCCUAAUUUGUAAACUCUCACAAAAAUAUGGUGUCUGUGUUACUGAUCGACCCAUGAUUUGCCAAGCAACUAUGGCAUCACCCAGACUAUACAUACCACUUUAAACUAUGGUUUCUCCUAAGGAAUCCUGGGAAGUGUAGUCUGUUGUUUGCAGCUGAGAGUUGUUAGGAAACUCUAUUCCCCUUACAGAACUACAAUUCCCAGAGUUCCAUGGCAUAAGGAAUUCUCUGGGAAUUGUAGCUCUCUGAAGGGACCUUUAACAAAGUACGCUGCUGCAUAGUGCAGAUGUUGCUGAAGUAAGGUAUUCCGAAACAACGCUGCUCAUAUUGACAGUUCCACUUGCAAUGUCUGUUGUGUUUAUUUAAAUGGGAAGAUUUUACUAGUCAGAAUUCUGACUGAUUUUCUGUGGCGAAAAUGGCUUACAUUAGGAACCAAAAUGUUCCCUUGCAGUUCUAGGGGACAAGAUGGAAUGCAAGUUAUUGUGUUUCUCAAACUAAGAGCUGCUCUUAAAAUAGAAAAGAAAAUUUAUAUAACUUUCUUUUACGAUUCCAGUUACCCACAGUAAUAAUUUCAAUAUAUGUUACCUUUUUCUUUCCAGGAAGAGCAAAGGGGCUCUGUCGCUCCAACAUUUGGGAAGGUGCUGAGAACUUGACAGAUUUCCAAGAGACCUCUUUGCCUUAUACUCUAGUAGCAAAUGUUGCAAAAGAAGGUCUGAUUUGCCAUUAAAGAUGUCUUACCUGCAACCAUGCAUUGUUUUGAUCUCUCCUAUAAUGUCUCGUUUUGCGCCAUGGAAUGUAUUGUUAUUUUGGUUGUUCUCUCAUUCAAUACCAGGCUCAUGUAUAUUUGAGGGUCUGUGUAGGGUUUAGGGCUUUAACCUCAGGAAGAAAAGCAUUUUUGUCCAGUGUGAUAUUCUAUCCUUUCCGAGAAAGUGUCACUCACAGUAGCAUACAUGUCAGGAGAUUUGAGCAAGUUGGGGAAAGCAGAGAGGGAGAGAAAGAGAGAUAACACAUGGCCAUGGACGUUUAGAAAAAUACCGUAUUUUUUGCACCAUAACACUCACUUUUUUCCUCCUAGAAAGUAAGGGGAAAUGUCUGUGCGUGUUAUGGAGGGAAUGCCUACGGGUGGCAUGCCUACGGAUUUUCCUCCUCUAAAAACUACGUGCGUGUUGUGGUCGGGUGCGUGUUAUAGAGCGAAAAAUACGGUAAUUCAGGAGUUACUGCCAGGCAAAUGUGAAGGCAUGUUGGACAACAGACAUAGAACAAAUACUUUUUGGGAGACUGUUUCUUCAGAGAAACAAGAAGGUGAUGUAUUUGGGAUAGUAGGAUGAGGCCUAGCAUGAGGUAGACAUAGCACUGGGGUGGGCAAUUUGGCCUGGAAAACUUGAGACCAACGUAACAGGAAGUUCUAUAUUCCCAAUUCCAUACAGCUCUUAGAGAGACCUCAGAAAGUCUCUCUCUGUCCAGGAAAUUGAGGCUGUGUACACAUUACUGUUUACUAUGGCUCCAGUAUGUUUCAUGACUGGUGCAUGAAGCUGAGUAUGCAUGACAUUAGUCCAAUCCAUAUGUAUCCUGUAAUAUCUUGAGACAUAAGGCUCUUUCUCUUGAAAUAGGCUUCCACCUGAUUUGAAAAGCAAGCUGUGGUUAAGCUGAAAUGUGUGCAUUUCAGACAUACAUUGCAUGUCCAGGUGACAGCUUCACUGAAUAGGAGUUUAGGGAGAGUUUCUGUUGUGAGGAAACCAAACAACUAAUGUGUAUCCCCUCCCCCUCUCUGGUGUGUACAGCAACAUAAAAUUGUGACUUGAAAUGCAGCAGGAAGAAACGACCUCACUGCAUUGCAAGCCACUAACUAAUACCUAGCCUAAAUGUUAUAAAAUGCAUAUUUUCCGUUCCCCAUCUCCGCUCCCUUCCCCCAUAUAUAUAUGUGUGUGUGUGUGUGUGUGUGUGUGUGUGUGUGAAGAUCAACAGCCUGAUCUCUUUCUUCUACUCUUUCUCAAACGUUUGUUGGGGUUCUCAAACGUUUGUUGGGGUACGCUCCAAAGAAUUAGAGAGCUGGAGCUCUUCUUGGAAGCAACAGAGCACACCGUCUCCACCAAGGAGGAGACAGGGGACUCCCCUGAGAAGGAGGCUAGUUCACCAACACAGGAGCCAGAUAUAUGGAGAAACGUGACUCAAAGAAGUAGGAGGCCCAGGGUUCGCUCUGAUUGUUUAGAAAUACACAAUCGCUUUGAGGUCCUCUCCCUAGCAUGGAAGACGAAGAGCAGACUCCAUUUGAGGAUCUCUCCCUCAUUACAGUCGAUCAGGUAUAUGAAGACAAGCAGCAAAGUCAGUCCUCAGGGAAUGUGCAGGCGACCUUGGAACGGACAGCUCACGGAAGAACCCCGACCAAACCUAAGAGGAGGCGUGUAGUGGUGAUAGGGGAUUCCCUACUGAGGGGAACAGAAGCAGUGAUCUGUGGGCCCGGCAAGAUAUCUCAGGAAGUCUGCUGUCUCCCUGGGGCUAAGAUCCAAGAUGUAACUGAACGACUGCAAGGAAUCAUAAAACCCACUGACAAAUACCCCUUCCUCUUGGUUCAUGUGGGAACCAAUGACACUGCAAGCAUUAGCCUCCAGAAGAUCAAAAGAGACUACGAGGCUCUGGGCAGGAAAUUGCAGCAAUUAAAUGCACAAAUUGUCAUCUCAUCUGUCCUCCCAGUUGAACGACGUGGCCCAGGGAGAGAGGGAAAAAUAGUGGAAGUGAACAGCUGGCUUCGCAAAUGGUGUAAACAGGAACGGUUUGGAUUCUUAGAUCACGGACUGCAGUUUCUUGAAGAUGGACUUCUGGCAAGCGAUGGGCUAAACCUCACAACGGUUGGGAGAAAUGUUUUUGCCAAAAAUCUCAGAAACCUCAUCAGGAGGGCUUUAAACUGACUAAUGUGGGGGAGGGAGACAGUGCUCCUGAAGGUAGGAGUCUAUCAAUUGAUGAAGAUGAGCAUCCAAAUGUCAUACGACCAAAUGGAGCAAACAGCACGCAGACCUAGUGGUAGGAGGAAAAAUCCUUAAAUAAGAGACACGGGGCAAUGAUUAAUGGACUUCAGUGUCUGUACACUAAUGCGCAAAGCAUGGGAAAUAAACAAGAUGAGCUUGAGCUCUUGGUACAGCAAACUAAAUAUGACAUAAUAGGCAUCACUGAAACCUGGUGGGAUAAGUCCCACGAUUGGAAUGUAAUAAUGGAGGGAUACAAUCUAUUUCAGAGAAACAGACCAGACAAGAAAGGAGGAGGAGUGGCGUUAUAUGUCAGGGAUGUGUAUACCUGUGAAGAGAUUUAAGAUUUAGAACCUCAAAGCCAAAGUGAGAGCAUUUGGGUCAAAAUUAAGGGAGAGAAGAAUAACAGUGACCUCAUUGUGGGAGUUUACUAUAGAUCCCCAAGCCAAACGGAGGACAUAGAUGAUGCCUUCCUGGAACAGAUAGCCAAGCAUGCAAAAAGAAGGGAGAUAGUAGUAAUGGGGGACUUCAAUUACCCGGAUAUUUGUUGGAUGUCAAACUCAGCCAAGAGCAUAAGGUCAAACAGAUUCCUCACUGGCCUUGCAGACAACUUCAUUGUCCAGAAAGUGGGAGAAGCAACAAGAGGAACAACCAUUUUAGAUCUGGUCCUAACCAAUGUUGAUGACCUGGUUAGUGGGGUAGAAGUGGAAGGAUCAUUAGGCGCGAGUGAUCAUGCUCUUCUGAAGUUUACUAUACAGCGGAAAGGAGCAGCCAAGCAUACUAGGACUCAAUUUCUUGACUUUAAGAAAGCCGACUUCAUAAAACUUAGGGAAGUGCUGGGUGAGAUCCCAUGGACAGUAAUACUAAAAGGAAAGGGAGUUCAUGAUGGCUGGGAGUUUGUUAAGAGGGAGAUAGUAAAAGCACAACGUCAGGCAAUACCAAUGAGAUGGAAACAUGGAAGGUGCCUAAAGAAGCCAGGGUGGCUAUCUAAAGAACUUUUAACUGAGUUAAGAUUAAAAAGGAUGUGUACAAAAAUGGAAAAGGGGGAAACCACCAAAGAGGAAUUCAAACAAAUAGCCAGCACGUGUAGACACAAAGUCAGAAAAGCUAAAGCACAGAAUGAACUCAGGCUUGCUAGAGAGGUUAAAAGCAACAAAAAAGGCUUUUAUGGGUAUGUUUGUAGCAAAAGGAAGAACAAAGAAACAGUGGGGUCACUGAGCGGAGAAGAUGGUGAAAUGCAAACAGGGGACAGAGAAAGGGCUGAACUCCUCAAUGCCUUCUUUGCCUCAGUCUUCUCCGAUAAAGAAAACAAUGCCCGACCUGAAGAAUUUGGAGCAAAUGAUUCAGCAGAGGAAACACAGCCCAGAAUAACUAAGGAGAUAGUACAAGAAUACUUGGCUAGUUUAGAUGUAUUCAAGUCUCCAGGGCCAGAUGAACUGCAUCCAAGAGUAUUAAAAGAACUGGCAGAUGUGAUCUCAGAACCACUGGCAGUCAUCUUUGAGAAUUCCUGGAGAACAGGCGAAGUCCCGGCAGACUGGAGGAGGGCAAAUGUUGUCCCUAUUUUCAAAAAGGGGAAAAGAGAGGACCCAAAUAAUUACCGCCCAGUCAGUCUGACAUCAAUACCAGGGAAGAUUCUGGAGCAGAUCAUUAAGCAAACAGUCUGUGAGCACCUAGAAAGGAAUGCUGUGAUCACCAAUAGUCAGCAUGGAUUUCUGAAAAAUAAGUCAUGUCAGACUAACCUGAUCUCGUUUUUUGACAGAAUUACAAGCCUGGUAGAUGAAGGGAACGCAGUGGAUGUAGCCUACCUUGAUUUCAGCAAGGCAUUUGACAAGGUGCCCCAUGAUAUUCUUGUAAAGAAGCUGGUAAAAUGCGGUCUUGACUAUGCUACCACUCAGUGGAUUUGUAACUGGCUGACUGACCGAACCCAAAGGGUGCUCAUCAAUGGUUCCUCUUCAUCCUGGAGAAGAGUGACUAGUGGGGUGCCACAGGGUUCUGUCUUGGGCCCGGUCUUAUUCAACAUCUUUAUCAACGACUUGGAUGAUGGACUCAAGGGCAUCCUGAUCAAAUUUGCAGAUGACACUAAACUGGGAGGGGUGGCUAACACCCCAGAGGACAGGAUCACACUUCAAAACGACCUUGACAGAUUAGAGAACUGGGCCAAAACAAACAAGAUGAAUUUUAACAGGGAGAAAUGUAAAGUAUUGCACUUGGGCAAAAAAAUGAGAGGCACAAAUACAAGAUGGGGACACCUGGCUUGAGAGCAGUACAUGUGAAAAGGAUCUAGGAGUCUUGGUUGACCACAAACUUGACAUGAGCCAACAGUGUGACGCGGCAGCUAAAAAGCCAAUGCAAUUCUGGGCUGCAUCAAUAGGAGUAUAGUAUCUAGAUCAAGGGAAGUAAUAGUGCCACUGUAUUCUGCCCUGGUCAGACCUCACCUGGAGUACUGUGUCCAGUUCUGGGCACCACAGUUCAAGAAGGACACUGACAAACUGGAACGUGUCCAGAGGAGGGCAACCAAAAUGGUCAAAGGCCUGGAAACGAUGCCUUAUGAUGAACGGCUAAGGGAGCUGGGCAUGUUUAGCCUGGAGAAGAGGAGGUUAAGGGGUGAUAUGAUAGCCAUGUUCAAAUAUAUAAAAGGAUGUCACAUAGAGGAGGGAGAAAGGUUGUUUUCUGCUGCUCCAGAGAAGCGGACACGGAGCAAUGGAUCCAAACUACAAGAAAGAAGAUUCCACCUAAACAUUAGGAAGAACUUCCUAACAGUAAGAGCUGUUCGACAGUGGAAUUUGCUGCCAAGGAGUGUGGUGGAGUCUCCUUCUUUGGAGGUCUUUAAGCAGAGGCUUGACAACCAUAUGUCAGGAGUGCUCUGAUGGUGUUUCCUGCUUGGCAGGGGGUUGGACUCGAUGGCCCUUGUGGUCUCUUCCAGCUCUAUGAUUCUAUGAUUCUAUGAUUCUAUGAUUCAAUCCUGGUGUCACGGUCCGGGUUACAGGCAGUCAGAGUCCUGUCUUGGUACGUCGGGCCCGGGGUAGAGGUCGGGAAGCAGGAAUCAGCAGUCCAAGGUCAGCAGUCCAGGGGUCAGGAAGCCAGGAGUCAGGAAGCCAAGGCUCCAAGAUUGAGGAUACCAGGAGUCAGGAAGCCGAAGCACAGCUAGGUAGGAAGCGUGUUGCUGUGGCAAAGAGCCAGAGGGAACUGCUGGUCUUAUAUACCCCUCCUGGCCCUUGCCACCAGGUGCUACGAGUCUUCUGUCAAGCCUCACCUGUGCAGCCGUGCCUUGCCCUUCCAGGCCAAACUCAAGAAGGCCCCAGUCCUGUGAGACCCUACCAGUCACAGGGCCUGGAAUCUGCACAACCUCCUGACACCUGGGCCGACUGUAAGUAAGAAGGUGGGAAGAUGAGGGCUGUGAGUGCAGACUGAGGUUGGUGAGGCCGUGCCCUGCUUUCCCAAAUAGACCAGCGUCCAUUGCUCACUGGGAUGCUUGGGCCAUUUGUCUUCACCUUAGGGGGUUCCCCUCCACCUCAGAUGCUCUGUACUUCUGAAAACCUCAGGAUGCCCCCAAAUCUGCUGGUUGUGUAUGUGCGUUGCCAUUUUGGCUACACAAUGAUAGGCGGUAACUUUAGCAAUAAAAGUUGGAUAGUCCCCCUGGUGCACAUGGAAAGUGUUCCAAAAAUGUUGUUCCUGCAGGUAGCUCAGGGGGACACAUUUUAUCUCACCCCUCCCAGUUCCAAGAUGACUCAGGAGUGCUUGCAGCUCCUGAAGGGAGGGGGAGGGGAAGGGGGGAGGUCCACCUGGUGGGUUAACCACCAACCAGAAGAGAGUGGGAGCUUCGCUUUAUAAGCCAGCCUUUCCCCCAAGUCUGUUGGCUAACAAGCUGGGUACAUCUGCCAUGUUGAUAGCAAUCUCCUGUGCUGAUGUGGAUAGUUUUUAAACACCUACAUCCAAAUCUGAAGGUUUCCUAAUCCAACAGUAACAUGAGGGGGAAGAUUUUGUGUGCUAAACAAAUAUGUGUGUGUGUGAAUGGGUUCUAUCUGUGUGGUCUCUUAAAAUUAGACACAAACACACUAUACUGUCCCAACUUUAUAUGUGAUUGGGUCCAACCCCCAUUCAAAGGGGAAAGCCUACCAUCAUCAGUGUCUUCUCAUGAAGAAUGCUUCCUGCUCAUAGGUAGCAGGCCAGCAGUAGGAACUGGUGCCCAUUGGGACUGGUAGAGCAGAAAACAGGGAAACCAACAAUUGAUGGAUUUGGAGCCAAUCACAUCUGCUGGGUGGUUGUAAGUAAGAAGCCAGUCAGGGGGAAGGAGGCUGAAGUUGGCUCCAUUUGCCCUAAUGAAUCAGUGGUCAGUGCAUACUAGAAGGGGUCUACCUUAGAUGUCUCCCUAAUGAGCUGGCUUUCUACAAGCAGGGAUGUUGAGUGUGUGUGUGUGUGUGUGUGUGUGUGUGUGUGUGUGUGUGUGUGUGUGUGUGUGUGUGUGUGUGCAUAUAUGCAUGCAUGCAUGAGUGCAAAUCAUAUUGACAGGCAAUCUAAGUCUGAAGUAAAUUUAUCUUGAGUAAAUUCUGCUGAGUGUUUAGCUUUACUCCUUCUCUCGGUGUGUAAUUAUUAACAAACUUCCAAAUAUUAUAUUGUCCCCCAAAUUACAUAAAUAUAUUACUUUUCUGUGUGGUGCUGAAAAGUGGGGGGUUAAUUUUUAAAAAAAUAGAUAAUAGGUUAAACAAGCAGAACAUAAAUAAAUAUACUGAGAGAUGUUAUUCUCAAGAGAAUAAUACAAGGCUGAUAAUGCUGCUUAGCUUAUUUAUUGAUUAAUCAAAUUAAGAUCUUGCAAGAUAUUCACUAGCUGGCAGAGCAGAGUAUAAGCAGAAGGAAGAAUAUAUUUCUUUGUGGUGAUGGUAUGAGUGAGGCAUGAAGAGCAAGGGACAUUUCCCUCCAUAGAUGUUCCUUAGUCUUUAGCAUUUUCCAAGGUGCCUCAGUCUCAGUACUCUUCCACUUGUGCCGAUGAAGGAAAAACAAAACCAGGAACUCAGUGAGAUAAUCCAAAAGAUGCAUGCUUCAUCAUUACUCCAUAAACAGAAAUAAUACAAUGAUGAGUAGAGAUGGAUCAAUAUGUCAGUUUGGGUUUCUGUCAUUUUCUUAUUUCUGCAGUCUUAAAUCUAGUGCCUCAUAUUACUUAAUCAGUCUGUCAUUUUCAUUAAAAAAUGCCAACAUUUUUGUGCACACUCCCCCCCCAACUUUGAUUGUAUUGUUUUUCUAAUAUAACAAAUUUUUGCACAGUUUUUUAAAGCUGCAAAACUGCAUCACAAAAGUUAAAGACGUGGAAUUUGAAGGAUAGCUUUGUUUCAGUUUGUGUAUUGGUUUGUGAAGUGUGAAUUAGGUAAUUUUGCAUUAAAAUGUGAACUAAUCUGAAAUCCUGCCCCCACCUGGCACCAUGAUAGGUGAAUGAGGCAAGUUAAUUAUUGCUGUAUAUCUUUGCUGCAGCACCACUUUGUAAAAUAUUCUCCAUUUUAAAAUGUCAUUUUAUGUCAGAUUUUUUUUGUUUAAGUUGAGUUGAGACUUAGCAAUUCCAAAAUCCACAUUAGGGAUUUAUUUAUUUUUCUUAUGGGCCAAUAUUUCUACCGUUAAUAUAUACUAUUAAAAGCAGGGAUUUGUACUAUAAAGUACAAAUUGAAAUAGUAAAGUACUAUAAAGUACAAAUUGAAAAGGUGAGCACAGCUACUUUGUAGGCAGCCCAGAAUUAGUAAAAUAUUUGAAAGAAAUGCUACAAUGAAUCCUUCUUCCAUUUUCACAGAUAUUAACUGUAGACAUAUUGGCCCAUAAGAAAAUAAAUAAAUCCCUGGUGGGGCAAUAAUACAGUUAUUGCAAAGGUAAUAAUGACCUAAUACAGGUGUGGCCCUGAUGUGGAUUUUGGAAUUGCUAAGUCUCAACUCACCUUAAACAAAAAAAACCUGACAUAAAAUGACAUUUUUAAAAGGAGAAUAUUUUACAAAGUGGUGCUGCAGCAAAGAUAUACAGUAAUUAACUUGCCUUAUUCACCUACCACGGUGCCAGGUGCGGGUGGGAUUUCAGGUUAGUUCACAUUUUAAUGCAAAAUUUGUACUUUAUAAGUGAAAUGUAUACUCACAUAUGGGACGCGGGUGGCGCUGAGGGUUAAACCACAGAGCCUAGGACUUGCCGAUCAGAAGGUCGGUGAUUCAAAUCCCCGCGACGGGGUGAGCUCCCGUUGCUCGGUCCCUGCUCCUGCCAAUCUAGCAGUUCGAAAGCACGUCAAAGUGCAAGUAGAUAAAUAGGUACCGCUCCGGCGGGAAGGUAAAUAGCUUUUCCAUGUGCUGCUCUGGUUCUCCAGAAGCGGCUUAGUCAUGCUGGCCACAUGACCCGGAAGCUGUACGCCGGCUCCCUCAGCCAGUAAAGCAAGAUGAGCGUCGCAACCCCAGAGUCGGUCACGACUGGACCUAAUGGUCAGGGGUCCCUUUACCUUUACCUUUAUACUCACAUAUAUGCAUUGCAGAAAAUACACUUGUUGUCAUAGGUGAUGCCAUCAGAGCCACAAUGGGGAUUAAGCUCCUUAGUGCAUGCUCCUUUGGGAUACCCACGACAAUAUUCCUGCAGAAAAAGUAAAUGACACUGUUGAAUUAUUCGCUCCUUGACAUUUCGACUGCAACGGGAAUUCCAUAGUGACCAAUGUGACAUUUGUAAGCUUCUUUGCAUCAUAUUAUUUUGUUUGGCACUGGAGAAUUGGCACUCUGACCCGUUAGUUCAGAUAUGUUUCCUCUCCAUUUUCCCAUCAUUGUAUAUGCUGUGUAAUUCCCUUGUAUUUCAGGUAGGGCUGCUUCUGCAUCCUUAGAGCAACUGUACUUUUUUUGUUGAAAGAAAACAUAACAGCUUCCAGAAUCAAUCAGCAUAAAUAUCAAAUCCUUUUUCUCACACAUUCUCAAACAAACCACUAUUGUCAGACACCUUCUUUCCAGCUGCCACUCACUUCCGUAGUUCCAACAUUUCCUUAUCCUUUCUCCUGCUCCUUCACAUGAGAAAACUAGCUUUGGUCACUAUGGUGGGUUCAGUGUAUUUUUUAUAUCAGGCCUCUGGCAGGUGCUUCUACUCACUGAAGUCCUAUUGAUGAAAUGGUAGGUAGACCCAGAGAACAAUGAGUGAAACCACAUGCCUCUUUGCCUUUUCAGGAUAGCCACAUGUGAAAGAGCAAGGGUUAGUUUUGCUGCAGUGGUGUAGCUUUGCAGAGGAGAAGGGGCAAAUGUGUUUGGCGGAAGACAGGAAGACCAGUAGUAGGCAGAGGAAGAGCCAAUGACAGCUAAAGCCAGCUAAGUCUGGUCCACUGAUCCUUCCUGCUGAGUUCUAAAAGGGCGACACUGAGCCUAAGGAGGAGAAAGUUGACAGGCUAUGGACCCUCUGUGGACUGGUUUUGCUACCUGAGGCGAAGUGGGAAGGUGUCACACUGCCCUGCCGCCGCAGUGCCAUCCUCACCAAAGCCUCUCGUACUGUGGUCCCAAAACUGCUGUGGACAUCUCACAGUGCGCUCCAUGAGAUCUCAUGAGAUAUCUGUGACAUAUUGCCAUCAUUUCACCACUAGCAGCACCACUGUUUAGGAUUCCUGCACCCAAGGCAGCUACCUCAGCUCGCCUCAUGGGUGGGCCGGCCCUGAGCGUAAGGCAGCUUCCUGUGUUACUAUGCAUUUUGAGUGCUUGAAAAAUGUCUUUCCUCACAAACGCAGCACUUACUUGCGUUUGCUAGGAAGCUCCCUUAUCCAGUCAGACUGCUGGUCCAUCUAGCUCAGUACUGUGCUCUUUGUGUGGCAAUGCCUCUUGUGUGUUUAAAUCUAGAGUCUUUUCCUACCUGGAGAUGUCAUGAAUUGAAAUGGGGACCUCUGGCAUUCAAAACAAGUCCUCUGCUAUGAGGGAGCUAUGGCCCAUCAUUGAGACUGAGUUGUAUCCAACAAAGUGGUCCCAUUAGCUCAAGUACUUCUGUUUGCGGGAUUUCCUCUCCUUUCCCAUUCCCUCCAAAUCCAAAAAUCUUUUUUCUGUGUUUCAACCCACCUUCCAGUGAUGAUUUUGGAGGGGCACAGAGGAAGAGGAAGGUGAGAGAAAGUUCCAUAGAUCACAUGGAAAUCCUUGUGUGAAUACAACCCUUGGAUACUCAUUCAUAGCUGGAUUCCUUCAACAACUGAGCAAUGAGUUCUUACCAAAAGCCUGGUUCUUUUAACCAUCGAUUACAAUUUUCUUCUUUCUCCUUAUAAAAACCUCUAGUCAGCUGUAAUACUUUGCUGAACUUUGGGCAGGAGAGGAGACAUCAGCAGCCCUGGCAACCAAGAUUGUAAUAGGAUUAGACAAUAUGUUCUUAUCACUGUUGUGCUCAUUGCACUGAUAAAGAGAAAAGUUUACCUCAGAAACCAUUUUUCUAACAGUGAAUUCUCCCUGCUCCCAGAAGAUUUCAUUUCAUUGGGAAAAGACUUAUGAAUGGCUUCAGAACAAAUGCCCCUCUCCAGUUGUAUUUCUCUUAAAAGAUAAAGUAAAUAAAGGAACUGUACAUCUUAUCUUGGUGGCAGGAAAAGCAAAUAUGAACAGUAAAUUAGGUGAGAAGACCAUUCUACCUUCUGCCUUCAUCUUGUCCUGAUCCUUUGGGUGUGGAAAGAAUCCCCCCAGACUGUCAACUCCUUAUGUUAUGAAACUGUCCUUAGAGUGCCAAGUCUUUCACAAUGAAGAAAUCUAAAGUAAACUCCUGUGCAUAUAUAUAGAGGUGCUUGCACGUGUCCAUCUGAUAUCCUGCUGGUAAAGUUGCUCUACAAGACAAUCUUCUCAUCUGAACAUUGGUGCAUUCAGUGCUCAGUGAAGAAUGGGUGCAUUUGUGGUUGUUGCUCUGGCACUUUGGUGCUUCACAGGUGAGUCACGCAGAAAGAGUGAGAGAGAGACAGAGAGAGACAGAGAGAGAGAGAGAGAGAGUAUUACUGCUGACAUUCUGAAAAAGUAUUUUAUAUUGCUCAGAUGACUGGCCUGAUAUGGAAGAAAAUAUUUAGUUUAAGAGGGAAUUUUGGCAGGUGCAGCCUGCCAUGAAAGGGUAGAAGAAAGCUAAGCUGUCCCACUGAAAUUCCCUUACUUACAAAUCCAUAAAAAGUACUGGGACCCAGUCCUGUGAUCCCCUAGGUAUGGCCAUAAGUAAGGAUGGAAGAGAGGUUUGGUUUGGUUUGCAUUUUGAUGUGCGCCUACUUAAUUCACACUUCUUAAUAGAAGCAACAUGGACAAAUCUACCCAUCCCCAGAACAGGAAAAAUAUUAUAGACCUGAUUAGAGGCACACAUUUAUAAUCAUAUGAAAUGGCUGGCGCUCAGUAUACCAACUGCUGAUCAUUCUCCCAUCUGUUUAUGACCUUUUGAAGCCAUUGUGCAGCUCUUAAUCUCUUUAGAGAUUUCCUUCUGAAUUUUUGAGAGCUCAGAUAUGGCAUCCAUGUGUUUUUGGUCUCCUUUCAGGAGUCUUCGGGACGAAGACAUUCAGGCAAACACGGUGAGUAAUGCCGUAUUAUCCUUACAGCUUCUGCAGUUGGUUGUGUAAUACAGAUAAAACUGUAAUUGCAAGUUGGCAGAUGGAGAAGAAUUUGAAUUGUGUUCCUCAAGUGUAAGUGGGAAAUGAUGGUGUUCUCACUGCUCCUUGUCAACAACAAAGCAGACACAUAAACACACACACAGCAGUUCUCCAGUGCAAUUAUAGUGAAGGAGAGCUGUGGAAGAGCACAGUUAUUAGCAGCGAUAUGACCACUCAUUUCAGUGGGAUGUGAGACCUUCUCUUUGAAUAAUGCUUCAUUUUUGUGAUUUCUGGGGUUGGGGAAGGGCAGGAGGAAGCCAGUGUGGUGUAGUGGUUAAGAGCGGUUGUCUCGUAAUCUGGGGAACAGGGUUCGCGUCUCAGCUCCUCCACAUGUAGCUGCUGGGUGACCUUGGGCCAGUCACACUUCUUUGAAGUCUCUCAGCCCCACUCACCUCACAGAGUGUUUGUUGUGGGGGAGGAAGGGAAAGGAGAAUGUUAGCCGCUUUGAGACUCCUGAAGGGGAGUGAAAGGCGGGAUAUCAAAUCCAAACUACUCCUCCUCUUCUUCUUCUUCUUCUUCUUCUUCUUCUUCUUCUUCUUCUUCUUCAAAUGCACUAGCAAGACCAAUCCAUUGCUCUCCCCCAUUCACACUGCUUUUGGAACAGGGAAGACAUUUUAUUUACACACAGGACUCGGCUAUACAGCUGCCAACAAAACGUUUUCAGUGUGUUGUAAAGUGCAUUAUGCAAAUGUGAUACUAGAUGGUGAUGGUGAGUUAUGGCAAAUUCAAUAUAUUUUUCAAAACAUUUUUUAAAAAAGCAUUUUCACUGCGUUUUUUUAAACAUGUGUCUAGAUUCCACCACAGAAUUGUCUGGCUAUUCUAUAUAUUCCAAGUUUCAGUUUUUAUAUUGUGCCUUUUGUCCAAUGAUGCCCUAGGCAAGUCCACACUUGAGAAAUUUAUUCAACAAUUUUUCCUUGGUUCAGUCUUCUGCAUGCUUCUUCCUUGUGAAUAAUGGGGAAUGUAAAAAGGAAAGGUAGAUUCAUAAGGUACCCUCUUUUCUCCUGUGUAUUGGUUAUAAACUUUAAAGGAUGAAAGCAUUGAAAAGUUAUAUAAAGGAAAACCGUUGUGUAGACAUAUAAUGUUUGUUGUUGUUUUCUUUUUAUAGUUGGAUUGCAGCCAACACCUCCAGGCAACUGGUAACGGACCAAUAAGCUGCACAAGGAUUUAUUUUCCAGUCUGUGGUACAGAUGGCAACACUUAUGCCAAUGAAUGUGAACUGUGUCGCCAUAACCAGUAAGAAGCGCAGAUGCAGAAGAUUCUUUGCUGGGCAACAGACCGUGGCUACAAUUAGUUAUAAUGAUGUCUCAUCCAAUUUGUUUUAUCUGUCCCUUUCCCAUCCCACCCCACUUCCAAGAUGGGGACAUGUCUUACAUGGGACCAUUCCCAUUUUACCACUAUUCCCCUGUGGUUAGCCAGAGACUGAGAGAUUAUUUCUGGGCCAAGGUAACCAGCUAGGCUUCAGUCCUCAGUGAUCUCUGUGUAAAUCCAGGGUGCUUACAACAUGACAUUAAACUUACUCUCUACUCUCUGCAAUUCAGUUCAUAUUUUAAUGUACUUCCAGCUAAUUUGUACAUCCCCCCAAAAUAUGUGAUCCAAAACACAGAUAUUGUUCAAAACUGUAUAUUGAAAAUAAUUAUUCAAAAAUCUGUAUAUUGAAAAUAAUGUACAUAAAAUAUGAAUAUUGCUAAAAAUAACAUAUACAAAUGCACAUUGGGCAACAUGGCAUACAAAAAUGUAUUAGGAUAAAAUGCAUGCAAAAAGGAAUUCCAUAAGAUUUUUUAUUUAGUUAGUUUUUUAAAAACUCAAACAGAUGUGGAAAUGGGGUGAAUUAAGCAUAAGACUGGAAAGAUGAAGAACUGAAGAAGAAAGCACUGGAUUCAUCCAUCCAUAUGCCACAUAUAUUUUACUUCAUCGCUUUGACUGUCAGCAGGGUACAUAGCAGAACUAGCUCAAUGGGGCAUUUGCCUGUGACUUGCAAGGUCUAUUAGUGCCAACCAAUGUUUAUUAUUAGUAUCAUUAGCCCAGAAUACAGGAAAUUGAUUGCUAACGUUCCCUAAAUUCUUCUCUUAUUCAGGGAAAAAAACAAACUUGUUGGUAAGAAGCAUGUUGGAGAAUGUCCAAAGGUAGGUAUAAAGAGUUUUGUGGUGAGAAAUUGAACCUGCAGAACCAAACGGGCUAAAUUGUCGUGUGAUUUGGAGGGAAUUGAAAUGUCUUAAGCUUAUGAAUCACUUUUCAUCUCAAAAUAAUCUAUAGAUAACUGCAAAAUAUAAUACAUAUCAAAACGAAAUAAUUAAAAGCAACUCCUGGUACAGUGGUACCUCUUUUUCGAAUGUUAUCCAUUCCUGAAGACAGUUCGAGUUUCGAAAUGUUCAAAAACCGAGGGCGGUCUCCAAAUUUAAUAGAGAAAAUUGAGAAAAAUACAUGGUACCUCAGUGCAAGCUGUUCGACUUCUGAGGCACGUUCAGAAACGGAAGCAUUUACUUCCAGGUUUUCAGCAUUCGAAAACCAAAACGUUCGUCACUGGAGACAUUCAAAAACUGAGGUGCCACUGUACAAGGUAAUCAGACUAUAAAGACAACCCCUCCAGUCCUUAGCCACCAAAGACAGAAACAGACACACACACACACACCCGUCUGCAAAGAAAAACAGCACUCCAAACACGUUGAGGAAAGGAAAUGGACUUGUGCAACAUGAGCCUCCUUUGUUGCCACCCAGAGCCAUAGCUACGGUGUUUGUGUGGGGAGCCAUUUUUUUUUUCCCUGGGUGAAGCCCCCAGAGGAGCAGCACUGAGGCUCCCAGCCUGUGGGUGUGCAAAAUGUGCAUGGGGUUUUUUUUUGGGGGGGGGGUUUGCGUUUAUAUUUUGGCCAUACUGGGUCUUUGACUUGGGAGAAAUAAAGCCUAGUUUUACCCCUGUUGCCACCCUCUUCCUGAUAGCUGCCAGAGGGGCACAUAGAGAAGAGUCUUGAUGCUGACCUCAGGGCAUGGGCAGGCUAAUAUGGGGAAAGGUGUUCCAUAACGUGUACCAUAUUAGGGCCCUGAGCUAUAUAAGUCUUCACAGGUGAAAAUUAGCUCUUGAAAUGGGCCUGAGAAUAAUGGCUAUUAGCUUCUGUGAAUAAUGGGAACAAACCUCAUUUACAAAUUCCUCAAAGGUAUUUGGCUUCCCAUAAACUGCAUGCAAGUCCAUUUGCCUUGAUUCCUCAGUAGGGAUGCAAAUUCUCUCUUUAUGUAGUAAUGGCAACCUCCAGCACAUUUGUACCCCUAAUGUAUGAUUCUGAGCAAACCCAUGCUAGAACUGUGCACAUAGUGUGAUGUAGUGCCCCCCAAAACUACUGUGUUUUAGGCUACCUUAAUAGAAUCAUAAUUUCUCAUAAUUUCUGAGCAGCUGGAAGUAUUAGUUUCACAUUAUUCAGCACUAAUCAGACUUCAUCUGGAAUACUAUUAUUUUCCUUAAGAUUUUUAUUAAAUUCUCAUAACUUUAACCAAUUAAUUUCAAAUUUGUUAUACAUUUCUCUUAUAAUUUGACUUCUCACCUUUGCUUUCAAGCUGUUUUUAAAGCCUUCCUCCCACAUACUGCAUAAUAUCACAUGCUCCAUCUAAUACAUAUUCCCUUAUUAUAUCUCACAUUGCAUCUAAUACAUAUUCCUCUAUUUCAUGUAUUAUCAUUUUCUUCCUGUUGCUCAAAUUUCAAAUCCUGGCCUCGAUUUCAUUUGGUUAUGAUAUUUUUUUCAAAUAAUCCCCAAAAGGCUUCCACUCUUCCAUAAAUUAAGGUAACCAGACAUCACCAUUUCCUGGGGACAAUACCCAGAUUUAUAAAUCAGUCCCCUGACAAAAUCCUAUCAUUCCUACUGAAGUUGAAAGUGUCCCCAGAUUCAUUGAAAAAAAUCUGGUAAGCUUACCAUAAAUUGUCCAUCAUUUUGAUCUGUUAUUUUCGCUGUUAGCUUUGCCAGUUCCACAUAAACCUCAUCUGGAAUACUGUGUCUGCAUUUUAAGAAUGAUGUAACUCAAUUGGUACAGGUUCAGAGGGUGGCAAUUAAGAACAUCAGCACUAUGGAAAACAGGUCCUAGAAGGACAAAUGGAAAGAAUACUUGAUAGGUUUAGCUUGGAGAUGAUGAGGGAUGUAAUAGCACUCCAGAUCCUUGAAGGACUGUGGCAUAGAAGUAAAUAUUGUUCUUUGCUGCCCCAGAGAACUAGUGCAAAACUAGAUUGAAUGUGCUCAAGUUAUCGGAGGAUAGGUUUUAGUGGGAAAUUGGAAGAAACUACUUGGUGGUCAUAGCAGUUGAACAAUGAAUGAAUUACUGAGAAGGGUGGUAGGCUUGAGGCCUUAAAGCAGAAGCUAGACCAUCAUUUGUUGAGGAUGCCUUAGUCCUGGAUUACCCCCCCUAAACCCCCCCCAAUGAUUCUAAGGACAGCCACAAGCCCCCUUAAUACACUGAAGAAAAUACAGCUAAAUAGCUAUCCAAAUCAAAUGCAUUACUGAUGGUAGAUAACAGUGCGAUUCAUUAUGACCAAACAUUUAUGCCUUCCACAUUGAAGAAGUUUGAAAACUCAACUUGUCAAUACAUCAAACAUGAACAUUAGGGGUACGAAUGUGCUGGAGGUUGCCAUUACUACAGAAAGAGAGAAUUUGGGGGUGGGCAUUAAGAGCUCUCUGUGUAAGCGCACAGAACUGCAUCCCACACCAACCCAAUCUGUGUGGGUGCAAAAUGUUUGCUUUGCACAUAUGAAGAAUGUGAUAGACAUUUCCCCAUGUGCAGAAUUGGGAAACAAUAUGUAAACAACAGCAAAGGCCCAAGGUGUAAGUUUUAAUGGUAAGGAUUUGCUGAACCAACAAACUGAAUUGGAAUACAAAGAAGGGAGGUAUGAGGAGGUCUGGGGAAAUAAGAGUAAGGAAGAUAGGUUAUGGAACAUUAUUGUGUUUUUAACUGUUUUAUUUUGUAUGUUUUUUCUUACUUUUGCUUUUUUGCUGUAAUUUACACUUUUUUCUUUGUUUUCUGUAUUUUUGUGAAACUUUAAUAAAUAUCAUUUAAAAAAAACAACAAGGUGUAAGUUUUAUUCCUGGUACACUUUACUUUUUUUAUAAUAUACGCAAGUAAUAAAUAAAAACAGGCUUGAAUUAGAUUGUCAGAAAAUAUACUAAUGUCAAGAAAUCAGGAUGCCUGUGCUUUUCAGGAAAAAAAAGCCACACUGGAUAAUUUUGUCCUAUCAAUGUUAUUUGGUCUAGUGAUUCAUAUGUUCCUUCUUCCUCCUGUGAAAUAAAAAGGCAUGUAAAAGGAAAUGGUAGAUUGAAAGUUCACUCUUCUUUUUCCAUGUUUAGAAUUAAAAAACAAACAAACUGGAAACAUGAAUGUGCAAAGGACAUUAUAUAGAGGACUGCUGGGUACAACAAAAUGCUACAUGUUUCUUUUAUAGAUGGAUUGCAGUGAAUUCAGGCAAGCGAAAGGACUCAUGCUCUGCCCCAAAAUCGCUAAACCAGUCUGCGGAACAGAUGACAACACUUAUGUCAGUAAAUGUGAUCUUUGUCGUCAAAACCUGUAAGUGGAUACUGAACAUCUCCCCCCAGGCAACGGAUAAUGACUAUGAUUCUUUAUAAUGAAAUCUCAUUAUAUUUUUUAUAUUUGGCCCUUUUCCACUCCCACCUUCUUUCCAAGCUUACACAGUGGCUUCCAUGAGACCAAUCCCAUUGUAUUCUCACAAUCCAAUGAUUGGUUAUCAAGAGAAUGAUAAAUGAUGAUUGGCGCAAUGCAAUCCAAUAACCACCAACGCUAAUCAGGGAUGUGAAACCAGGCCUACAUGCUGUGGAUAAAGUGAAACUGGCUCCUUAGCAGAAUCAUAGGAGUCCCAAUAACUUUGUGUAGCAGGAGGACAAAGGAUCUGUAACAGAUGAAGGAGCUCAAGGAUACAAAUUAUAGAACCAGCUCAGUCAAGCUUUGCCUGUAGCAGUUCUGAAGAACUAAACAUAGUUUGUUUUAGUAAUGUGAACUACAGGAAAGAAUUUGUCAACUUUUCUCUCUUUCUUACCCAGGGAAUCCAACAAGAAUGUGGCUGUGAAGUAUGGAGGUCAAUGUAUUCAGAUUCAGGUAAACAGCAUGAUCGUGUUAUUAUAGAUAUUGGGAGUGGCAGGUAUCAAUCUCUCUCAUAACAGAAUCAGAAGGAAAAAACCCUACAUUUUUGCAAUUAUGGAAUUUUUUAAUAAGGUAUCAAGAGUGAAAGAAGGCAUAAACUUAGUAUGUUUAGACAGAAUUGGGUAAAGUCUAUUGAAUACUGACAUAACAAAGCACAUGCUUCACAUGAACCAAAAUACUUAUUUGAGAUAAUAUAAUGCAUAUGAAAUUAUGACUGUUGUAUUUCCUAUUUCUUCAUUUUUUUGGUUUUUGUUUCUUUGUUGCAAAUAUGUAUGACUCUACAAAAUUGAAUACAAAUUGCACUUUAAAAAAGAAGUUAUGUUGAGCUGGUGAGCAAAUGUAAAAGUUUGGUGGGUACAUCACUAUUUCUUUUGUAAAGUGGAACUUAGUUUUAUUUAACAGGGUGACAGAUUUAGAAUGCCACUCUUUUUGCAGGACUAUUGCAAGGACUUUGGCUCAGAUAAAACAUACUGCACCCUGGAAUAUAUGCCUCACUGUGGUUCUGAUGGAAAGGUCUAUGGCAACCAGUGUAAUUUCUGCUUUAAUGUCCGGUACGUAUAGAAAUAAUUAUUUCUUUUUAUAAAACAAAUUAAAGUGAUGAUAACAUGAUAGAAGAGAAAGAUAUAUUCAAAACCUCCAAACUCUUCCGUAUCUACUUACGAUGACACUGGGAAAGUUUUGGUAGGAUGAGAAGUAGUCACCAUACAUAUAUCCUUACUGUGUUUUUAUAUUUUGUUGGAAGCUGCCCAGAGUGGCUGGGGCAACCCACUCAGAUGUGUGAGGUAACGACAACAACAACAGUGAUUCUCCAGAGCUGGGAUACAGUCACAUAUUCAAAUUCCUUGAUUCACUUUUGUCAGUUGAAAGGCAUAAAAAUAUGGUCUCAUAAUCAUGCUUCCAUCCAGACCAUGGGUAGGCAAACUCAGGCCCAGGGGCCGGAUCCAGCCCAAUCACCUUCUAAAUCCAGCCCACGGAUGGUCCGGGAAUCAGUGUGGUUUACAUGAGUAGAAUGUGCCCUUUUAUUUAAUAUGCAACUCUGGGUUAUUUGUGGGGAAUAGGAAUUCGUUCAUUUUUCUCUCCAAAAUAUAGUCCAGCACCCCACAAGGUCUGAGGGCCCCCUGCUGAGAAAGUUUGCUGACCCCUGAUCCAGACUAUACUUUGAAGUUUUUUCCUAAUUUGUAAACUCUCACAAAAAUAUGGUGUCUGUGUUACUGAUCGACCCAUGAUUUGCCAAGCAACUAUGGCAUCACCCAGACUAUACAUACCACUUUAAACUAUGGUUUCUCCUAAGGAAUCCUGGGAAGUGUAGUCUGUUGUUUGCAGCUGAGAGUUGUUAGAAACUCUAUUCCCCUUACAGAACUACAAUUCCCAGAGUUCCAUGGCAUAAGGAAUUCUCUGGGAAUUGUAGCUCUCUGAAGGGAUCUUUAACAAAGUACGCUGCUGCAUAGUGCAGAUGUUGCUGAAGUAAGGUAUUCCGAAACAACGCUGCUCAUAUUGACAGUUCCACUUGCAAUGUCUGUUGUGUUUAUUUAAAUGGGAAGAUUUUACUAGUCAGAAUUCUGACUGAUUUUCUGUGGCGAAAAUGGCUUACAUUAGGAACCAAAAUGUUCCCUUGCAGUUCUAGGGGACAAGAUGGAAUGCAAGUUAUUGUGAUUCUCAAAUGAAGAGCUGCUCUUAAAAUAGAAAAGAAAAUUUAUAUAACUUUCUUUUACGAUUCCAGUUACCCACAGUAAUAAUUUCAAUAUAUGUUACCUUUUUCUUUCCAGGAAGAGCAAAGGGGCUCUGUCGCUCCAACAUUUGGGAAGGUGCUGA